UUGUUUUGCCGCAAUACGUUUCUCUUACUGCUUAAGGCCUGAUAAUGAGUUGGCUUGAGGAAAUUUGCUAUCAUCUUCCUGCUUUGCCUUUUUUCUUUUUUUUUUGCCUCUAGGAUCACAAUAUUUAGCACGGUUUAAGCCUAACCGGUGGAUGGUAAGUCCAGUGCAAGUGCUUUUUUGGCAUGAUACGUUUUAGUGGUCUAUAUAAACCCUGUGGAUCCGAUCUUGUGUCGCUAUAAAAACCGCAAGGUGGGAUUGACAGGUUCAUAUAGAACACGAUAAGCAUCCCGCACGCUCGCCUGUUUCAUCCACCCUCUACAUUUCCACUGUCCAUUUCACCGCCAAAUAUGGGCACCGAAAAGCCCUGAAAAUGACUGCUUGGGGAGAGGAGAAGCCGUUAGGGGGUCAGGGUAUGGGAAACCUCGCUAGGCGAUUCACCAUUUCGUUGUGUUGUUUCCUGGAGCCGAAUCUGGACCUUCCCUGGAAUACAAAAAUACGUGAGAACACAUGUGAACCCCGACAGGGUUGUGGGGAAAAAAACAACUUUUUUUCUGCAGGUGAAAAAUACUCUCACCUGGAUGACCCUGUGUUCACCUACCUAGGCACUUAACGGUACAGAAAGUCCCCUGGCACAACCCCCAUCUACACUACAUCUCAGUAAAUGAAGUUGAUCUCGUAAGGUCACUCUAGAUUUUAUGACCUUUCGCGAUGGUAAGUUAUAAAUCACCCUACUAGCUUUUUUUUUCACCGGUCACAAGACUUGUGUGUAGCCAAACUUUCUGCAGAACUUUACCACUUUUUUUCGCGUCAAGUGUCCAAAGCGAGGGCUAUCUAUCGACGUUUUUAGCAGGAAGCGAGGAGUGAAGUAUGGGUGCGCUUUUACCUACCACAUACCAUGGUGGCCUGCGGUCAAGUGGCGACAAGACGAACACACCGGCGGAGCAGUGGUAAGCCUUUCUCGUCUAUUCUACACACAACUGAGAAAAGCUACAAUCCUCUUCCUCCACAUAAGGCCGGAUUGUAGCCGACACUCCGGCUUAGGGCGUGAGUGAAAGGAUAUAGAAAGUACGGGAGCUGGGGAUAAAAUUCUUGUAGAAAACAGACUUAGAGGGUCUGCCGCCAUUGAUUCUAAAAGAACGAGGCUGUGAUUGGUUGCUGGGGCGGGUCAGUACGCAUGCACCUCGCUCAUGUAAGUCCUAACCCGCUAAAAAGUCUGGAUAAAGGAUGCACAGGCCAAUCUCAUUCUCUUACACAUUCUCAUGCAGACUCCGUGCACCGGUACCGUCUCCCCUCGGCCUCUCCAGCCUUCUCAGCCCCGACUAGGUCGGGAGAGCGGCGGCAGCGUAGGUGUCCCGUGAAGGUGGGUGUGUGCAAGGCAAGAGCGAGACAUUUGUCCAAUUCAUCAAACCCACUCGCAGGAAAGCGACACACGGCAAAGGCCACAAAUCAACCAAAACAAAUGAGCUCGUAUUUUGUAAACUCGUAUCCCGCACGUUAUCAAAAUGGCCAAGACUUCCAGGUUGGGAGCUUUUCCUCGGCUCGAAGUUCUGGGUCGGCCGGGCCGUACGGCGGGGGCUCGGCGGGGAUGGAGCCGGCGGCGGCGGCGUACGACUACAGCUACAGUCGGCAGCAGCAGCAGCAGCAGGCACCACAGCAGCAGGCACAGCCGCAACAGUCCCAGCCACACCACCAGACCCAGUCCGACUGUACCCUGACACGAGGCGACACUCCGCACCAACAGCAGUCGGCAUGUGCACAGUCCAGUCUAGCAGGGGGGCAGACCCAGCGCCUCACACACCUGCCCAUGAGCACCCCUGCCAUGAGCCCGGCUACCUGCACUUCGACCCCGAGUAGUACAGGCAUGGCGGCCCAUCCUGCCUCCCAGAACACGCCGAGUCCUCCCGACGUCGAUCUAGAGAGCGUCGGCAGUCCUAACGCCACGGCCACGGCCACGGGCUCCGUCCAAGCCAACAACAACAAUACCGCCAACAACACAGCGUCCACAUCCCCCAGUAACAUCCCCAUGUAUCCGUGGAUGAGGAAAAUCCACCUGAAUCACUCCGCUGGUACGGGAGACAACAAGCGCACGCGCACAGCGUAUACCCGCUACCAGACCCUGGAGUUGGAGAAGGAAUUUCACUUCAACCGAUAUCUGACGCGGCGACGACGCAUCGAGAUCGCGCAUGCGCUGUGCUUGACGGAGCGGCAGAUCAAGAUCUGGUUCCAGAACCGCCGGAUGAAGUGGAAGAAAGAAAAUAAACUGAAGAGUCUCUCUCAGUGUCAGCAAACUCAGGGACUGAACCCAGAACACUGAGCACUAGAACAAAAAAAGGACUAAGGUGGCGAUCAGGAGGAGCAAUAUCGUACAUCCACAGGAGUUGUUUAUGUUUGUGAUCCGUCUUAUAUCAAUGUCCAGUCAUUUCCUGUAUUGUAUAUGUCCAAAUGUGACCAAACGUAAACACAAAACGUGGAGAACCCGAUUCUGACUAUUUAAAGACUGUGUAGAUAUUGUAGUAUAUUGUGUUUUGUGUUGUUUCUGGCUGCAAAAAGAGACUAUAUACCUCGAGAUAUUUGUUUUGGCAGGGAAGAGACCCGUAUACUUGUACAGUGUUUGCGUCUGGAAGAAAAAAAGUCACAUACUGUUUAAAGGAGACAAAAUGUGUAUAGAUGUUUUACGGAGAAUGUGUUCCAUUCUAGUAGGUGGUAAAUGAUAAUUUCUCUCAAAAAUACAAAAAAGACGACGUAGGUGGUUCACACGCGUAAAUGGGACGUAAAGAUUCGGUAGCUGUGCCAUUUGGAGUCCGUAUAGAAGACGUUAUAAGUAGACGUAGUGUCUAAAGUUCUACACCUCUUGUAGGCUGGGGUCCGUUACAGGGUUAGCAUCGAUUCCGCUUGACAAUCUGUGUCGCUUUGUACCUGUAUUUGUCACGUAAAAUUUAGCCGUGAGCGUGGGUUUAAAAAAUGAGUGUGACGCCUUCCUUUUUUCCUGUAUAUUUAUUAUUUUUUGUACUUCAGUCCGAAGAAAAGAAAGGAUUAAAUGAUAAUAUAGCCGAGAAAUAUUGAAAUGAUUCGUGCCAAGCUAAAUGUGAUUCCUGAAAAAAAAAUCGAUGCACCUCAUCGUGGCUUGUAAAAUUGACGGCAAUAAAGAGUAUUAUUCUGU